AACCUCCAGACCUACCGCCACACCGACCACGUGGAGUUCGAGAGCUCGACCGUAGUGAACGAGUUUGUGAACUUUUGGCGCCAAAGUGGGGGUGCUCAACGGAUGGGCUAUUUAUACGGCAGAUAUGAACCGUACGAUGCGGUUCCGUUGGGUAUCAAGGCGGUGGUCAUGGCUCUGUACGAACCGCCGCAGACCAAUGAGAAGGCGUCUCUGAGAGUGGACCCAGAAGCAGCCGCAUACACUAUGGCUAUAGUCGAUCGCGUUGCGGGGUACUUAGGUCUUCAGCGCGUGGGGUGGAUUUUCACGGACCUCGAAGACGAUAGUACGAACCAAGGCACAGUUCUGUACAAACGGCACGCCGACACAUUUUUCCUGUCCUCCCUAGAGGCCAUGACGGCCGCUGACUACCAAACAAGCUACCCCAAUGCCUGCAAAGACGCGGAAAACGGCUACUUUGGGUCGAAGUUUGUGACCGUGUGUGUGAGUGGGGGUGAUACGAAUCAUGUGGGUCUGGAGGCGUAUCAGGUCAGCGAUCAGGCCAUGGCAUUGUAUAGAGACGAGUGUCUCAGACCCUCGAGAAAAAUGGGGCGGGGUCGUAUUGUGGAGUCGACCAGUGAGCAAUACGUACCGGAUGUCUUUUAUUCGCACAAGAACGAAUACGGCGUGGAGGAAACAGUCGCCGCCAAACCCUCACUGCCAUUAGACUACCUGCUGGUGAACGUGAGCGUUGGAAGUCCGCAGGUACCUACACCAAUGUUUACGGCUGCCGAAGGCAACAGCUUCAUGCGCGAGCACAGAGAGGCUGUGGGCGAUAGUCAGACACUCAAGGCCUUGUCAGCUCACCUGCGCAACGCCCCGUCCUUCCUCACAGCCGUGUCGGACUUCCAUCUGCUGUGCUAUCUAGCUACGUCGCCGGUGUUUGGCAUUGGGGACAAGAUCAAGGAGCUGUGUGAGGCUGUCAAAGACAAGAACGUAGCACUGACUAACGAGUGGCGGUCUCUCAACGAAUGGAAGACCGUCGAAAUGAUGAUGGACGAACCGGGUAAGCAUUGGCGGAUACGGUCAUGUACAGAAUAUGCAGUUCACUCAAGAUAUUGA